AUGUCGAAAGCAUAUAAUUUCGAUUGGCAAAUCGAAGUUUCACCUCGCCUAUUGAAAGGCGAUUAUUUCGAUCGUUGGGAUGAAGAAAAUGCAACACUAGAGCAAAAUUGUUUAUUUCGUGUUGAUACUUAUGGAUUUUUUAUUUAUUGGCAGAGUGAAGGACGCGAUGGACAAGUUAUUGAACUGUCACAAGUUAGUGAUAUUCGACCAGGCAAAGCUCCUACCGAUCCGAAAAUCGGUGCUGAUCUUAUGGCGAAUGCACUUAUAUAUGGCCGAGGUAAUAUCGAUGAACGAACCGUAACUAUAUGUAGUGGUAUUGAUUUUGUACAAAUAAGUCAUACAAAUAUAACCGGUGCCGAUCCACCUACAGCAAAAGCAUGGAUUGAGGGCCUAAGGAAAAUAACACAUAAUCAUAAAGCAAACAAUAUAUGUCCCACAACAAUAUUGAGAAAACAUUGGAUGAAAAUAUCCUUCAUGUUAAAUGUUAAUCAGAAAAUUCCUGUCAGAAGUAUAAGUAAAACCUUUGCAUCUGGCAAAACAGAAAAACGUAUCUUUGAAAUUUUAAAAGAACUGGGUCUACCAAGUGGAAAGAAUGAUGAAAUCAAUCCAAAUGAUUUUACAUUUGAGAAGUUUUGUGAUCUUUACCAUAAAAUUUGUCCUCGCACUGACAUAGCUGUAUUAUUUGUUGAAUUAUCAGGUGGCAAAGAUUAUAUAACAACAAAACAAUUUGUCGAAUGGUUGAAUGAAACGCAACGUGACCCCCGUUUAAAUGAAAUUCUUUUCCCAUUCUAUGAUACCAAUAGUGCACUGCGUAUUAUUGAUCGAUAUGAACUACGUGCUAAUUAUCGAGAUCGUGGUCAUUUAUCGUGUGACGGAUUAACACGAUAUUUGAUGUCGGAUGAAAAUGCACCUGUUUUUCUUGAUCGAUUAGAAGUUUAUCACGAUAUGGAACAACCGUUAUGUCAUUAUUUAAUUAAUUCAUCACAUAAUACUUAUUUACAAGGACGACAGUUCGGUGGUCGAUCAUCCGUUGAAAUGUAUAGACAAGUUUUAUUGGCUGGCUGUCGUUGUAUUGAAUUAGAUUGUUGGGAUGGAAAAAAUGAUUCCGAACCAAUAAUAACACAUGGAAAAGCAAUGUGUUCAGAUAUUAAUUUUAAAGAAGUUAUUUUUGCUAUACGAGAUACGGCAUUCGUAACAAGUGAUUAUCCGGUUAUACUCUCAUUUGAAAAUCAUUGUUCAAGACUACAACAAUAUAAACUAGCACACUAUUGUGAGGAAAUACUUGGUGAUCUUCUAUUAACAAAACCAUUAGAUACUCAUCCACUUGAACCUGGUGUGCCUUUACCAUCGCCGAAUUUAUUGAAAAAGAAAAUUCUCAUAAAAAAUAAACGAUUAAAACCAGAAGUUGAAAAACAUCAACUCGAUUUAUUUCUCGAGGGUUGCGACAGUGAAAUCAAUAAUGAUAACGAUCUAGAUUCAGCAGCUAAUGUCGAAGGUGAAGAUGGUCCAACAGCUUAUGUUGAUAAUCUUAAAUUACGUGAUGAUGAUGAUGAUGAGGCUCAUCCUGAAUUGAAUGUUGAUAUCAAUGAUGAUGGUAGUCGACGUACUAUACUUGGCCAAAUAAUGAAAUUGAAACCAUCAGCAAAUUUAUCUCGUGAAGAAGAAGAAGCAUUUUAUAAUGGCUAUCAACAUAAGGGUGCAACAACAAAUAUUCAUCCAUUAUUAUCAUCACGUGUUAAUUAUACUCAACCAAUUAAAUUUCCAGGUUUUUCUAAAGCUGAAGAACGCAAUAUACAUUAUCAUAUGUCAUCGUUUUCGGAAAAUGUUGCCUUACAACAUUUAAGACAAAAUCCAAUUGAAUUUGUUAAUUAUAAUAAACGACAAUUGUCACGUGUCUAUCCUAAAGGUGGGCGUGUUGAUUCAUCAAAUUAUAUGCCACAAAUUUUUUGGAAUGCUGGAUGCCAAAUGGUUUCAUUAAAUUUUCAAACACCUGAUCUUCCAAUGCAGUUAAACUUAGGGAAAUUUGAAUAUAAUGGCAAUUGUGGCUAUUUAUUAAAACCGGAUUUUAUGCGUCGACCUGAUCGUACAUUUGAUCCAUAUGCUGAAAGUCCAGUAGAUGGUGUUAUAGCAGCAUUUUGUAGUGUACGUGUUAUAUCAGGUCAAUUCUUAUCAGAUAAAAAGAUUGGUACAUACGUUGAAGUUGAUAUGUAUGGUUUACCAGCCGACACAAUUCGUAAAGAAUAUCGUACUAAAACAAUCCCAGCUAAUGGUCUUAAUCCAAAAUACGAUGAAAGCGUCUUCGAAUUUCGAAAAAUUGUUCUUCCGGACCUAGCUAUAUUACGUAUUGCUGUUUAUGAAGAAACAGGAAAACUUAUAGGACAACGUGUUUUACCAUUAGAUGGUUUGCAAGCUGGUUAUAGACACAUAUCAUUGCGUACCGAAGGAAACUUUCCGUUAUCAUUGCCAACAAUAUUUUGCCAAAUUAUACUAAAAUCUUAUGUCCCUGAUGGUUUAAGUGCAUUUGUUGAUCAAUUAAAUAAACCAUUAUUAAUGAAACGAACUGAAGAAUUACUUAAUGCAACAUCUAAUAGCUCAUUUGAAAACUGCUCAACAUCUACAAGUUCAUCUUUACGGCGAUCUCGUGUAAAUGAUUCUGGCUCAGUAUCAGCAACUUCACACGACACAAAAGCAACCCUAACAACUGUGCCUAGCAGCGCAUCGAUUAGUACAUAUGGAACAGUUGAAACGAAUACUUCUAUAUCAACAUCAAUAAAAUCGAAAAGCCAAAAUGAUGCAGCCACCCCUAUAACAUCAGAUUAUUUACGUGACCAUAAAACUUUCUGUAAAAUAAAAACUAAACAAGAUAAAGAAUUAAGUUUAAUGAAAAAGAAGCAUGCAAAAGAGCAAAAUCUACUUGGUGAACAACAAUCAAAAAUGAUGAGUAAAGCAAAAACGGAUUAUGAAAAAAUAUCAAGAUCACCGAUGAUGAGUAGUGGAAGUUCCAAAAAAGAAUUAAGUAAUGGUGGUAGUUCAAGUGAAGGAAAAAAUGAUCCUAAGUUAAUGGAUUUAAUCAACGAACAAAAUGUCGAAUGGACAUCACUUGUACAACGGCAAUUAACAGAAUUAAAUGUUCUUCGCCGACAACAUACGAAAGAACAAUGUGAUUUAUUAAUAUCUUUACUUGAUGAAUCCCAAAAAACGCAGAUUAAAGAAAUAACUGAAAGACAUUCGAGAGAGAAAAAAGAUCUUGAAUUAAGUCAAGUACGACAAAAUAUUGAAGAUAGUAAACGACUUGGCUCGGAGAAAAAUAUUAGAAAUAAAUCAGAUUUAGAUCGUCGUGUACGGGAAUUAAAAUCAAAUAAUACAAAGAAAUUUUUAGAAGAACGAAAACGACAAAUGAUGAAACAAGAUCGGGAAAAAGAAAAUCUAACAAAAUCACAUGAAAUACAAAAGACUGCACUUAUGAAUGAAAUCGACAAGAUGCUUGAAUACAGUAUCAAUUACCAAGAUGAAACACCAAAUGCUCGAUUUCCAUCAUCAUCUGUAUAA